GCUCUCUAGUUUGUCUUUCUUGUUUCCAAUAUGUUUUUGAGGUUUCUGCGUGGCUCUAGUCGCACCAAAAUUAUCUGUAUAGCGCGGGUCUAUGGUCCCAACACCCCUCAGACGCUCUGCCGCGCCGCACUUCAACCACACCGCAGUCUGGGUCAUCUGACCAGGAGGCGACUGCGCUGGAAGCUCAGCGUGAUGCAGUUGCUCAGUGGACUGCGGCACCGCUACUGCCUGUGGCGCCUCCGCCGUCUGUUGGGCGUGGCCUUCGACGAGGGCGGAUUCCAGGAGGGGACUCGCCAGGCGGCGGCCACCAUGAUCGAGGCAGUGCGCCAAGCGGACUGGCCCUGCAUCCGGAGUUGCUGCACGGAACGUGGAUCGGCGGACAUCUACGGCUUGUCCCAGGAUCAGAAACCCCAUGACAGUUUGGUGAUCUUUCAGAGGCAGCACCUGCGACAUGCCCUCCCAGUGAGAGUGGUGCGUCGCUGGAUCGACGGUCGGUCCUAUGUCCUCGUGGACAUGCUGUUCGUCGGCCUGCGCAAUCUCCUGGAUCUGGGCACUGCUGAGGAGAAGGAUGAGAUGGUCCGGCGGAUUGAGACCGUGCUGGCGAACUCGCAGAUCCAAGAGGAGUUCGACCCGAAACACUGCCGCCUGGCCAUAGCCGAACUAGUGCUCACCUUCUGCAAGGAACUGGGCGAGUCCGAGGUGGAUGCGCUGGACGCGGAUGCCAAGGACCGGGAUGAGCGUCCAGAUGGCUGGCUGGUGGACUCCUACGCACUGCACCGCUUCAAGCUGAUCAGUUUCAGUCCCAAAACUCUGAGCUUUCGCGUUAUCGAGUUCCCGAAACCGGUUUAGCACAGCAAUGUAACCCGAAAUGUCUCUGUUUUGAAGGUGUUUUUAUUGAAGCACUCGAAGCAAUUGCAGUCACGUGCCGUUUAGUAGUUCAACGAUCGCUUCCAACAAAUUAGCAUUUAUUUUGACCGACUUUACAAGCGAACAUCGCGCGACACUGGUCUGUAAUGAACUGAUCGGUUUUGAGGACUACCUGAUAUAUUUAUGGCAUUGCUUCGUGAGGUGUGUUAAGAAGCUAGCUAUCACUGUUGUUUUAUUUACGUUUUUCUUUAUUAUGUAUUUGAACAAAUUAUAAGCGAUUAUCUUAGUGUGUAA